ACUUGGCAACUCUGUUGUCCAGUCAUUCAAUUCCAGUCGAUUGAGGUGGUUGGUGUUACGCCAUUGAUUCUUUUAAUCACUUCUGAUCGUUUUUAAAUAUUGAGCAAUCCUUUUCUAUUGCUAAUAAUAGACAUAUUGUAAAAAAAUGGCGGAACCUAUAGAUGUUGUAAUUACUGGUGCUGCUGGACAAAUCGCCUACUCUUUAUUGUAUCAAAUUGCAGCUGGUACAAUUUUUGGCCCACAACAACCCAUUAAUCUUCGAUUAUUAGAUAUUCCACCUAUGAUGAAAGUAUUAGAUGGUGUGGUCAUGGAAUUGGAGGAUUUAGCACUUCCUCUGUUACGAGAGAUUUUGCCAACAGCCGAACCAGCAAAGGCCUUUAAUAAUGUAGCAGCUGCUUUCUUGGUUGGCGCAAUGCCUAGAAAAGAGGGAAUGGAACGUAAAGAUCUUUUGGCUGCAAAUGUAGAAAUUUUCAAGGUGCAAGGCGAAGCAUUAGACAAAUUUGCUCGUAAAGAUGUUAAGGUGUUAGUUGUAGGUAAUCCUGCUAACACUAAUGCGAUUAUUUGUUCACAUUAUGCACCAUCUAUUCCAAAAGAAAAUUUUACUGCAAUGACUAGAUUGGAUCAGAAUAGAGCACAGGCAGCAUUAGCCGCACGAUUAAGUGUGCAGGUUGAUAAUAUCAAGAAUGUCAUUAUUUGGGGUAAUCAUAGCUCUACACAAUAUCCUGAUGCAGCACAUGCAAUUGUAACGCUUUCAUCCGGUGCAAAAGCAGUACCAUCUGAAAUUAAUGAUGACGAAUGGUUGAAUAAUAUCUUUGUAGCAAAGAUUCAAAAACGCGGAGCCGAAGUAAUAGCUGCUAGAAAAAUGUCCUCUGCUAUGUCUGCCGCUAAAGCCGCUGGAGAUCAUAUGAGAGAUUGGUGGUUUGGUACUAAACCUGGAGAAUGGGUUAGCAUGGGCGUUGUAUCUGAUGGAAGUUAUGGGAUCCCAAAAGAUAUUGUGUUCUCCUUCCCUGUCACUAUUAAGGAUAAACGCUAUGAAAUUGUGCAAAAUCUUCCAAUUAGUGAUUUUGCAAGAUCAAAGUUAGAUAUCACAUCUAAGGAACUAGAAGAAGAACGCGCGGAGGCAAACAAGGUGUUGAAAAAGUGACUAGUAGCGUCAGUGCAAAAUAAUGAAAUAAAAAAAGAGGAAUUUGUGUUAGCAAAAUUGUAAAAAAAAAAAAUAUUGAUAACUUUACACAGAUAAAUACACACAUAAAACAAAUGUUUCAAAAUUUGUAAAAACAUUACAGCAAAGUUGCGAAAAUAAAAGAUAUGAUUUUCAAAACGUAGGGGUAUAAGAAUUUAAAGUUUGUUCAAUAAACUAUGAUCGAAGUUUUUUAUUUGAGAAUCGCGCGUACGAUAAACAAAAAAUUACACAUCAAUAUAUUGCUGCAAUGCUUUUACACUUGCAUAUAUUUUAAAAUACUGUAUGAUGUGUAUAAUUUUCAAUGUAAAUACUAUAUAUAAAAAAUUUAAAUAGAAGAUAAUUGAAAUUCUUUCUUAACUGUGGAUAAAUGAAUUAUUAAGUGAAAUGUAAAUGCUAUGUUUACUAUCAUGGAUUAUGCAAGUCAUGAAUGUAUAUGUACAUAUAAUCUAUACUUUGUAAGACUUAUAACAAAAGUAUAUUGGAAACCAUA